UCAGGUGAUCGCUUGGUUGCACAGGCUGCCGAUGUUUUCACUUAUCAGGUCGCGAAGGAUGUAACCAUUCAACUGACCUACCCUCAAUCGGGCGCUGGCAGCAUCGUUACUUAUGUGGAAAUCGUUUGCAACCAGGAUAAUAAUGAAGGCAAUGCUUAUGUAGUGGCUGGUGGCAUUGGUCAACGCUUUAUCUCUAUUGUUUUGGAAGCAACGCAGACGGAAGGAUUCUCAUACAAUGCACAAUACUAUGGAUCAGGCUAAAUAAUGAAUUCACAAUGAAAUCUCAAGUACCUGUUUGAAGAAAUUUGCUGUAUAAGUACUCUAAUGCAUUUUUUUUUAUUAAUUGCAUUUGAGAAAGAAAUACCACGUAUGUACUUAAAAUAA